UUUUACACAUCUUGAUUCUUCAGUCACUACUAUUAUACUUGAGAGGGCGGCAGACUUGAUAUAUAUGUCUGUAAAUUAGUAAUACCACGAUAUUAGGCAUGGAGCUCCUAACUAAUAGUCCUGAAGUGGGAGAGACUAAUAAAAGAGGUGAUGUUUACCAGCCCAUGAAGAAACCUAAAGAAGGGGGAUUCAGAGCUACCCUUUUCAUCUAUGGACUGAUGGUGCUGGAUAGUGUUGGCUUUAUCGCUAACAUUGCAGGCCUAGUUCUGUAUUUCAUGAAUGUCAUGCACUUUAGUAUAUCUGGCUCUGCAAACACCCUUACCAACUAUUUGGGGACUGUUUUCUUGCUGACAUUAGUUGGAGGGCUAAUCUCCGACUCCUACAUGAGCCGCCUCAAUACUUGCCUAAUGUUUGGAGGAAUCGAGUUACUGGGAUAUCUGUUGCUGAUUAUGCAGGCUCAUUAUCCUAAGCUGCAACCUGAAGCCUGUGGGAAGUAUAGCUGCGUGAAUGGUACUAAAGCUCUGCUCUUUUACGCUUCCAUAUGUUUUGCUGGGCUGGGAGGCGGUGGAAUGAGAGGCUCAGCACCUGCUUUGGGUGCUGACCAGUUUGAUCCAAAGGAAAGCAAACAUAUAGCCAGCUUCUUCAAUUGGUUUGUGUUUAGUGUAACUGUUGGAGCUGCUCUUGGAGUUACUUUUGUCGUGUGGGUGAGCACAAACAAGGGUUGGGACAAAGGCUUCAUCAUCUGCAUGGUUUGUUCAUUCAUAGGCUUUUGUUUACUUGCACUUGGAAAACCUUACUAUCGUGCCCGAGUGCCUGGAGAAAGUGUCUUACUAAGAGUUCUACAGAUAAUUUAUCUGCCAACCGUUCUGAUAGUGGCAAUCAAGAAUAUAAAGUUAGAGUUGCCACAAAAUUCGCGGGACUUAUAUGAAGUAGAUGACGUUGGAAGAGAACGCAUCAGGCAUAGCUACCAAUUCAGGGUACUAGAUAAAGCAGCUAUACUUCCCGAAGGAACUACACCAAAGAAAUGGAAAGUAUGCACAUUGACUCAAGUUGAAGAAGUUAAAAUCUUAACAAGAAUGAUGCCAGUUCUUCUCAGCACCACUCUCAUGAACACAUGUCUUGCUCAGUUACAGACAUUCUCCAUCCAACAAGGUGCUUUAAUGAACGCAAAACUCGGGAGCUUUAAUGUCCCACCUUCCUCAAUUCCCAUCAUACCAAUCUUAUUCAUGUCCAUCCUCUUACCACUGUAUGAAAUCUUACUAGUCCCCAUUCUGAGGAAACUCACAGGUCAUCCAAAUGGAAUCACUCACCUGCAGAGAGUCGGGGUUGGCCUAAUUCUCUCCGCGAUCUCCAUGACACUAGCAGGUUUCAUAGAGCUGAAGAGAAAGAAUGCAUUUGUAGACCACAAUACCCGCAUUAGCCUCUUCUGGCUAUCAUUUCAUUUCGCGGUAUUUGGGAUUGCAGACAUGUUUACAUUGGUAGGCCUAAUGGAAUUCUUCUACAGCGAAGCUCCUCCUCGAAUGAGAUCACUCUCUACUUCACUCUCAUUCUUCUCAUUGUCAUUAGGCUACUACUUGAGCUCAGUUUUUGUUGAGAUAAUCAAUUCUGUAACCGGCAAACUCAGCUCAAACAACAUGGGCUGGUUAGAAGAUGUGGACAUGAACAAGAAUCAUCUCGAAAGAUUUUACUGGUUCUUGGCAAUUGUCAGCGUGCUGAACUUUGGGAAUUAUAUCUUCUGGGCUAACUGGUACAAGUACAAGAAAGAUGUUCCAGUUGAUAUAAGAAAGCUGAUUGAUCAAUCUUUUUGUGAUGCGAGUUCAAGUCUUACACCCAGAAGCUAGGAUGUGAUAACACAAAUUAAUCAAUAAUCUGGGUAUAUUAAAUUUUUCGGGACGGGAAAGUUUGGUUUUUGUAUCCGUAACAAUAAGAUGGUUAUCCCGGAAUAUAAAAAAUGUAUAU